GCGCAGGCCCGCCGGGCAGAGCGCGGCUGCAGCCCGCCCGCCCGCCCGGUGCGCCGGAGCCGGGACCAGCGACUGGACGCGACGGGCCACCCGGCCCGCACCGCACGGCCGCCGCGAUGUGCGACUGCUUCCACAUGGUGCUGCCCACCUGGCCCGGAACCCCCGGCAGCGUGUCCGGCCGACAGCUGCAGCCUGGGGAGCCAGAUGCAGAAACAGAAGAUGACCACUCUGUGACUGAAGGGCCUGCGGAUGAGGUCAUUCGACCACGGCCACAGGGGUCUUCACCUGUCUACGAAUACUCGACUGAGGCUGCUGACUUUGGACUCCAGGAAGACGCCCCCGGCAGGCAAGGUUCCUCUGGGAGACGGAGAUCCUGGUGGAAGCGGGAUUCAGGGGACUCACGGACAUUUUUCAGGAUGAGUCGUCCAGAGUCUGUGCAGGAGGCAACAGAGGUGAUACUGAAGACAGAGGUGGAGACGGGAGCCAGUGGCUACAGUGUCACAGGCGGUGGGGACCAGGGGAUCUUUGUCAAGCAAGUACUAAAGGACUCCUCAGCCGCCAAGCUUUUCAACUUGAGAGAAGGAGAUCAGCUGCUCAGUGCAACCGUGUUCUUCGACAAUAUAAAAUACGAAGAUGCUCUCAAGAUCCUACAGUACUCAGAGCCAUACAGGGUUCAGUUCAAAAUCAGACGGCAGCUCCCUGCCCCACAGGACGAAGAGUGGGCUUCCAGCGAUGCCCAGCAUGGCCCACAGGGCAAGGAGAAGGAGGACAUGGAUGUUGCUGAUGGGUGCAGAGAGACCCCUACGAAAAUUCUGGAAACAGAUGGGGACCAAGAGAGACUCAUCUCCAAACCUAGGGUGGGGAGAGGCAGGCGGCCCCAGAGGGAGAGGCUCUCUUGGCCAAAAUUUCAGUCCAUAAAGAGCAAGCGGGGGCCAGGGCCCCAGAGGUCACACAGCUCCUCAGAGGCCUACGAGCGCAGGGACACACAUGACGUGUCCCCCACAAGCACAGACACAGAGGCCCAGCUCGUGGUGGAGCACCAAGAGCAGAAGGCAGGGCCAGGCAGCCAGAGGAGGCGGAAGUUUCUCAACCUGAGAUUCAGGACAGGCUCCGGAGAGGGCCCUUCAGUGACAGGGCAGUCAGGCAGGGAGUCCCAGAGUGGGGUGGGCCAUGCUGGGAUCCUGGAAGAGUUGGGACCCUGGGGUGAUAGCCUUGAGGAUGCUGGGGCUGUCACAGGCAGCAGGAGAGAGAAGAGAGCAGAACAGGAUCGAGAAGUGACGCCUGCGGAGUGGCCCACAGAGCUCGGUGACCCUACCAUUUGCAAGGAAACCCCUGAGGAAGGGGCACCCAGGGCAGCCAGGCGCCACAGAAAGACCCUGGAGGGGCAGGCACAAGAGGCAGCAGUGACCCAGAGGAAGCCCAGAACCCAGCAAACUCCUGAAAUAAGUGAGGAGGGUGAAGGUGAGGGUCUGCAGAGCCUGGAGAUUGGGAUUGCCAGAAUGUCCUUGAGAGACAAAACUCAAGGAGACACCCAGAGUGGCCCACCUGAAAUUAGGGUGCGAAUACACGAUUUAAAGAUGCCAAAAUUUGCAUUUUCCACAGAAAAAGAGCCAGAAAGAGAAAGACAGCUUAGUGCAGCACAGAGAGGAAAGAGACAGGACUUGCCCUCAAAAGAGGGUACCGGCCCGAAGGGUGAGGAGGUGCAAGGAGCAGGGUGGGUGCCGGGGAGGGAACCCCCCGCACAUAUGGAAGCACAACAGGGUGCAGGAGACAGACAGGAAGGACUACAGAGGACAGGAAUCACUCAGGGACAGGAGAAAGAUGGGGAAGACACAGAAGGAAAGAUGAGAAUGCCCAAAUUCAAGAUACCCUCUUUUGGAUGGUCGCCAAGUAAGGAAACAAAGACAGGGAGAGAAAAAACCACACAGGACCUAGAGCAGGGAAGAACAGGAGACGGAAUAGCGACAGAUGCCAGAAGAGAAUUGACAGGCACAGAGGCAGGCCUCAAAGAAAAAGACGACGGGGACUCACUGAUGAACAAAACAAAAAUACAACAACUAAAACAUGACCAACAACGCUUAAAAACGGAAAAAAUUCUGAAAGACAAGGACGUGGCCGCUGCCAAAGACAGUAAGUUCAAGAUGCCCAAGUUCAAGAUGCCGUCGUUCGGGGUGUCGGCCACAGGCAAGUCCAUCGAGGCCUCAGUGGACAUGUCUGUGCCGAAGGUGGAGGCUGAGGUGGGCCUCCCCUCCAUACAGGGCGACCUCAAGACCGCUGACCUCAGCAUUCAGCCUCCUUCUGCUGACCAGGAGGUCCAGGCUGGCCAGGUGGAUGUGAAGCUCCCGGAGAGCCACGUGUCUGAGGGAGCCGGCCUCAAAGGGCACCUACCCAAGGUGCAGAUGCCCAGCUUCAAGAUGCCAAAAGUGGACCUCAAGGGCCCCCAGGUGGACCUCAAGGGCCCCCAGAUGGACAUCAAGGGCCCCAAACUGGACCUGAAAGACCCCAAGGCGGAGGUGACAGUUCCCGACGUGGAGGUGUCUCUGCCCAGUGUGGAGGUGGACAUCCAGGUCCCGGGAGUCAAGCUGGAUGGUGCGCAGCUGGAGGGGGACCUGUCCCUGGCUGACAAUGACAUGGCUGCCACCAAAGACAGCAAGUUAAAGAUGCCCAAGCUCAAGAUGCCAUCAUUCGGAGCGUCGGUCCCAGGCAAGUCCAUCGAGGCCUCAGUGGACGUGUCUGCACCAAAGGUGGAGUCCGAGGUGAGCCUCCCUUCCAUACAGGGGGAAAUCAAGACCACUGACCUCAGCAUUCAGCCCCCUACCACUGACCUGGAGGUCCAGGCUGGCCAGGUGGACGUGAAGGUCCCAGAGGACCACAUGGCCGAGGGAGCCGGCCUCAAAGGACACCUGCCCAAGGUGCAGAUGCCCAGCUUCAAGGUGCCCAAAGUGGACCUCAAGGGCCCCCAAGUGGACGUCAAGGGCCCCAAGCUGGACCUGAAAGGCCCCAAGGGGGAAGUGAUGGUCCCCACAGCCCCCUAUGUAGAGGUGUCUCUGCCCAGCGUGGAGGUGUCUGUGCCCAGUAUGGAGGUGGACGUUCAGGCCCCUGGAGCCAAGCUGGACGGUGCGCGGAGGGAGGGGGACCUGUCCCUGGCCAACAAAGACGUAGCCACUGCCAAAGACAGCAAGUUGAAGAUGCCCAAAUUCAAGAUGCCAUCAUUCGGAAUGUCGGCCCCAGGGAAGUCCUUCGAGGCCUCGGUGGACGUGUCUGUGCCAAAAGUGAAGGCCGAGGUGAGCCUCCCUUCCAUGCAGGGGGACCUUAAGACCACUGAACUCAGCAUUCAGCCCCCUACUGCUGACCUGGAGGUCCAGGCUGGCCAGGUGGAUGUGAAGCUCCCAGAGGGCCACGUGCCUGAGGGAGCCAAACUCAAAGGGCACCUGCCCAAGGUGCAGAUGCCCAGCUUCAAGGUGCCCAAAGUGGACCUCAAGGGCCCCCAGGUGGACGUCAAGGGCCCCAAGCUGGACCUGAAAAGCCCCAAGGCGGAGGUGACGGCCCCCGACAUGGAGGUGCCUCUGCCCAGUGUGGAGGUGGACGUCCAGGUCCCAGGAGUCAAGCUGGAUGACGCGCAGCUGGAGGGGGACCUGUCCCUGGCUGACAAGGACGUGGCUGCCACCAAAGACAGCAAGUUCAAGAUGCCCAAGCUCAAGAUGCCAUCAUUUGGAGUGUCGGCCCCAGGCAAGUCCAUGGAGGCCUCUGUGGAUGUCUCUGUGCCGAAUGUGGAGGCUGAGGUGAGCCUCCCCUCCAUGCCGGGGGACCUGAAGACCACUGACCUUACCAUGCAUCUCCCUUCCGCCGACCUGGAGGUCCAGGCUGGCCAGGUGGAUGUGAAGCUCCCAGAGGGCCACGUGCCUGAGGGAGCCGGCCUCAAAGGGCACCUGCCAAAGGUGCAGAUGCCCAGCUUCAAGAUGCCCAAAGUGGACCUCAAGGGCCCCCAGCUGGACCUGAAAAGCCCCAAGGCGGAAGUGACGGUCCCCACUGCCCCUGAUGUGGAGUUGUCUCUGCUCAGUGUGGAUGUGGACGUCCAGGCCCCGGGAGCCAAGCUGGAUGGCGUGCAGCUGGAGGGGGACAUAUCCCUGGCUGAGAAGGAUGUGGCCAUCGCCAAAGACAGCAAGUUCAAGAUGCCCAAGUUCAAGAUGCCAUCAUUUGGGGUGGCUGCCCCAGGGAAGUCCAUCGAGGCAUCGGUGGAUGUGUCUGUGCCAAAGGUGGAGGCCGAAGUGAGCCUCCCCUCCAUGCAAGGGGACCUCAAGACCACUGACCUCAGCAUUCAGGCCCCUUCCGCUGACGUGGAGGUCCAGGCUGGCCAGGUGGACUUGAAGCUCGCAGAGGGCCACGUGCCUCUGGGAGCUGGCCUCAAAGGGCACCUGCCCAAGGUGCAGAUACCCAGCUUCAAGAUGCCCAAAGUGGACCUCAAGGGCCCUAAGCUAGACCUGCAAAGCCCCAAGGCAGAAGUGAUGGUCCCCAUGGCCCCUGAUGUGGAAGUGUCUCUGCCCAGUGUGGAGGUGAACAUCCAGGCCCCGGGAGACAAGGUAGAUAGCGCACAGCUGGAAGGGGACCUGUCCCUGGCUGAGAAGGACAUGGCCGCCACCAAAGACAGCAAGUUCAAGAUGCCCAAGUUUAAGAUGCCCAAAGUGGACCUCAAGGGCCCCCAGGUGGACAUCAAGGGCCCCAAACUGGACCUGAAAGGCUCCCAGGUGGAGAUGAUGGCCCCGGACGUGGAGGUGCAUCUGCCCAGUGUGGAUGUGGAUGUUCAGGCCCCGGUAGCCAAGCUGGACAGCGCGCAGCUGGAGGGGGACCUAUCCCUGGCUGACAAGGACGUGGCCAUCGCCAAAGACAGCAAGUUCAAGAUGCCCAAGUUCAAGAUACCAUCAUUCGGAGUGUCAGCCCCAGGCAAGUCCAUCGAGGCCUCGGUGGAUGUGUCUGUGCCGAAGAUGGAGGGCGACAUGAGCCUCCCUUCCAUGCAGGGCGACCUCAAGACCACUGACCUCAGCAUUCCGGCCCCUACCGCCAACUUGGAGGUCCAGGCUGGAAAGGUGGAUGUGAAGCUCCCAGAGGGCCAUGUACCCGAGGGAACCAGCCUCAAAGGGCACCUGCCCAAGGUGCAGAUGUCCAGCUUCAAGAUGCCCAAAGUGGACCUAAAGGGCCCCGAGGUGGACAUCAAGGGCCCCAAGCUGGACCUGAAAGGCCUCAAGACGGAGGUGAUGGCCCCUGACAUGGAGGUGUCUCUGCCCAGCGUGGAGAUGGACAUUCAGGCCCCGGGAGCCAAGCUGGAUGACGUGCAGCUGGAGGGGGACCUAUCCCUGCCUGACAAGGACGUGGCUAUCGCCAAAGACAGCAAGUUCAAGAUGCCCAAGUUCAAGAUGCCAUCAUUCGGAACGUCGGCCCCAGGGAAGUCCUUCGAGGCCUCGGUGGACGUGUCUGCGCCGAAAGUGGAGAUCGAGGUGAGCCUCCCUUCCAUGCAGGGGGACCUUAAGACCACUGAACUCAGCAUUCAGGCCCCUACUGCCGAUCUAGAGGUCCAGGCUGGCCAGGUAGAUGUGAAGCUCCCAGAGGGCCACAUGCCCAAAGGAGCCAAACUCAAAGGGCACCUGCCCAAGGUGCAGAUGCCCAGCUUCAAGGUGCCCAAAGUGGACCUCAAGGGCCCCCAGGUGGACGUCAAGGGCCCCAAGCUGGACCUGAAAAGCCCCAAGGCGGAAGUGACAGUCCCCACUGACCCCGAUGUGGAGGUGGCUCUGCCCAGCAUGGAGGUGAUGGCCCCUAAUGUGGAGGUGUCUGUGCCCAGCAUGGAGGUGGACGUUCAGGCCCCGGGAGCCAAGCUGGAUGGCGCACGGCUACAGGGGGACCUGUCCCUGGCCAACAAGGACCUAGCCACCACCAAAGACAGCAAGUUCAAGAUGCCCAAGUUCAAGAUGCCAUCAUUCGGGGCGUCAGCACCAGGCCAGUCCAUCGAGGCCUUGGUGGACGUGUCUGCGCCGAAGGUGUCAUCCGAGGUGAGCCUCCACUCCAUGCAGGGCGACCUUAAGACCACUGACCUCAGCAUUCAGCCUCCUUCCACCGACCUGGAGGUCCAGGCUGGCCAGAUGGACAUGAAGCUCCCAGAGGGCCAUGUGCCUCUGGGAGCCGGCCUCAAAGGGCACCUGCCAAAGGUGCAGAUGCCUAGCUUCAAGAUGCCCAAAGUAGACCUCAAGGGUCCCCAGGUGGACAUCAAGGGCCCCAAGCUGGACCUGAAAAGCCCCAAGGCGGAGGUGACAGCCUCCGAUGUGGAAGUGUCUCUGCCCAGCGUGGAGGUGGAUGUCCAGGCCCCGGGAGCCAAACUUGACGGCAGGCAGCUGGAGGGGGUCCUGUCCCUUGCUGACAAGGACGUCACCGCUGCCAAAGACAGCAAGUUCAAGAUGCCCAAGUUCAAGAUGCCAUCAUUCGGGAUGUCAGCCCCAGGCAAGUCCAUCGAGGCCUCAGCGGAUGUGUCUGCGACAAACGUGGAGGCCCACAUGAGCCUCCCCUCCAUGCAGAGGGACCUGGAGACCACCGACCUCAGCAUUCAGCCCCCUUCUGCCGACAUGGAGGUCCAGGCAGGCCAUCUGGACAUGAAGCUCCCAGAGGGCCAUGUGCCCGAUGGAGCCGGCCUCAAAGGGCACCUGCCCAAGGUACAGAUGCCCAGCUUCAAGAUGCCCAAAGUGGACCUCAAGGGCCCCCAGGUGGACAUCAAGGGCCCCAAGCUGGACCUGAAAAGCCCCAAGAUGGAAGUGACAGCCCCUGACGUGGAAGUGCCUCUACCCAGUGUCGAGGUGGACGUCCAGGGCCCGGGAGCCAAGCUUGAUGGCGCACGGCUGGAGGGGGCCCUGUCCCUUGCCGACAAGGAUGUGCCCGCCACCAAAGACAGCAAAUUCAAGAUGCCCAAGUUCAAGAUGCCAUCGUUUGGGGUGUCAGCCCCAGGGAAGUCCAUCGAGACCUCAGUGGACGUGUCUGCGCCAAAGGUGGAGGCCAAGGUGGGCCUCCCCUCCAUGGAGGGGGACCUCAAGACCACAGACCUCAGCAUUCAGCCCCCUUCCGCCGACCUGGAGGCCCAGGCCGGCCAGGUGGAUGUGAAGCUCCCGGAGGGCCAUGUGUCCGAGGGAGCCGGCCGCAAAGGGCACCUGCCCAAGGUACAGAUGCCCAGCUUGAAGAUGCCCAAAGUGGACCUCAAGGGCCCCCAGGUGGAUGUCAAGUGCCCCAAGCUGGACCUGAAAGCCCCCAAGUCAGAGAUGACAGCCCCCGACGUGGAAGUGUCUCUGCCCAGCGUGGAGGUGGAUAUCCAAGCCCCAGGAGCCAAGCUGGACGGUGUGCAGCUGGAGGGGGACCUGUCCCUUGCCGACAAGGACAUCAUCACCGCCAAAGACAGCAAGUUCAGGAUGCCGAAGUUCAAGAUGCCAUCAUUCAGGGUGUCAGCCCCAGGCAAGUCCAUCGAGGCCUCAGUGGACACGUCUGUGCCGAAGGUGGAGGCCAAGGUGGGCCUCCCCUCCAUGCAGGGGGACCUCAAGACCACUGACCUCAGCAUUCAGCCCCCUUCUGCCAACCUGGAGGUCCAGGCUGGCCAUGUGGACGUGAAGCUCCCAGAGGGCCACAUGUCUGAGGGAGCUGGCCUCAAAGGGCACCUGCCCGAGGUGCAAAUGCCCAGCUUCAAGAUGCCCAAAGUGGACCUCGAGGGCCCCCAGGUGGACGUCAAGGGCCCCAAGCUGGACAUGAAAGGCCCCAAGGCAGAGGUGACAGUACCUGAUGUGGAAGUGUCUCUGCCCAGCAUGGAGGUGGAUGUCAAUGUCCCAGGAGCCAAGCUGGGCAGUUUUCAGCUUGCAGGCAACUGGUCCUUGGACGAAAAGUACGUGUCUGUAAAUGACAGGAAGUUUGAAGUCGUUUGUGAAGGUGAUCUUCAGGUUCCAUCACACGAUGAUAAGUUUGGACUUGGUGUUGGAAUAGUUGGAGUAGAUUCUAAGUUUAAGAACCUGCAGUUUAUAGCGCCCAAAGUUUCAUUUUCUUCUGCAAAAACUGCUAAAGAUAGUCUAGUUCCAGGUGCGGAGCCUGGUAUAAGUCUCUCCACAAUUCCUGUGGCAUCAUCUUCAGAUUCUUCACAGUUUGAAUUACACCAGGCUUCGGCUGAUUUAGAGCCAUCCAUGCAGAUGCCUAAGGUUGGUUUGUCUGGAUUUUCAUCAUCUCAGCUUGAUCUCACUGGUCCCCACUUUGAAUCUUCUAUCCUUUCCCCCUGUGAGGGUGACAUACUCACAAAAUACCAGGUGACUGUUCCCAGAGCUUCCUUGGCCCCUGAGCUUGCUCUGCAAAUUCCUUCUGGGUCUCAGGCUGAGAUUCGUCUUCCCAAGACAGAGUGUUCCACUGACCUGCAGCGUCCAGAGGGAGUUCAAACUUCUCAAACUGACAGUCACUCUGGUACACUGAAUUCCAUGAUCCCUGCUCCUCAUGGUCAGGUGUCUUUUCCUAAAUUCUAUAAACCAAAAUUUGUGUUUUCAGGCCCCCAAAUGGCAGUUCCUGAGGGAGACCUACAUUCAGCGGUGGGUACCCCAGUCAUGUCUCCUCUUAGCCCUGGAGAGGGGCUACCGUUCCCCUUGCCAAGCACUCAGCUGCCAUCCCCAGGCACCUCUGUGUCCCAGGGCCUGGAAGAGCUUGUGGACUCCCUGGAGACCUCAGUAGUGGCUCCCGGAGGAACCCCUGCGGAAGAUGCUGACCACGAAGGGAAAGGGAGUUCCUUCAAAAUGCCCAAGUUUAAGCUUCCAUCAUUUAGGUGGUCCCCAAAGAAGGAAGCAGGGCCAAAGGUGGACCCAGAAUGCAGUGUGGAGGACUCAAAACUCAGCCUGGUUUUAGACAAGGAUGAAGUGGCCCUCCAGCCUGCCAUGCACAUGAAUCUGCCUCCAGAGAGGGAUGGAGAGAAGGGAAGCAGCACAAAGCCUGGCUUUGCCAUGCCAAAACUUGCACUUCCCAAAAUGAAAGUUUCUAAGGGUGGUGUCAGCCUGCCACAGAGAGACAUGGAUCCUUCUCAUUCUAGUGCCACAGCAGGGGGUAGCUUUCAUGUCACAGAAAAGGCCAGCAGUGAAGGUGGUGGGGGAGGACUUGGUUCAACAGCAGGCGCCACAGAAGGUGAGGGUGUGAACCUCCAUUGGCCACAGGUCCGCAUUCCUAGUUUGGGCUUUGCCAAACCUGAUCUCAGAUCCUCCAAGACCAAGGUGGAGGUGAGCCAGUCUGAAGCUGACCUGCCUCUUCCCAAACAUAAUCUGUCUACUGAAGGUGACAGCAGAGGAUGUGGGCUUGGGGAUGUCCCAGCAAGCCAGCCUUGUGGGGAGGGGAUAGCCCCCACACCUGAAGACCCCCUCCAGCCAUCCUGUAGAAAACCAGAUGCUGAAGACCACACAGUGGAAAGCCCAGAGGAGGAGGGCACGACAAGGGACUUGCAGGAAAUCUGGUUUAAAAUGCCCAAGUUCCACAUGCCCAGUCUCAGGCACUCUUCCAGGGACAGAGGUGGAGCUGGAAAGCUGGAAGUGGCUCAGACACAGGCAUCGGCAGUAACAGGGGGUGAAGCAGCAGCUGGAGUCAAAGAGUUUCUUGUUUCUGGGUCAAACGUGGAGACAAAUAUGUCCCUACAGCUCCCAGAAGCAGAGGCAGUAGUGACAGCUUCUAAGAACAAAUCAUCCACAGAGGUUCUAAAGUGUGAUCUUGACAGCACAGGCUUGAAGCUGCACCUCUCCACUGCUGGAGUGGCUGAGGGUGAGCUUCCCACUUCUGAGGUCAGGAUCCAUUCAACCAAAGGACCUCUCCCUUUUCAGAUGCCUGGCACAAGGCUUCCAGAAACCCAGGUUCUUCUAGGAGAAAUGGAUGAGAUUUCUCUUUCCAAGCCAGGACAUGAUCUUGCUGGCAUGGAGGAGAAAACAGAGAAAAGGUCUUCACUGCCUGAAGGUCCAGUUAAACUGAAAGCUUCAAGUACUGAUGUGCCAUCCCAGAUUUCUGUGGUUAAUGUGGAUCAGCUGUGGGAAGAUUCUGUGUUAACUGUCAAAUUCCCCAAGUUAAAGGUACCAAGGUUCUCCUUCCCUGCCCCCAGCUCAGAGGAUGAUGUGUUCAUCCCCACUGUGAGGGAAGUGCAGUGUCCAGAGGCCAAUAUUGACAUAGCCCUUUGUAAGGAAAGGCCGGGGCUCUGGGGAGCCAGCAUCCUGAAGGCAGGUGCUGGGGUCCCCAGGGAGCAGCCUGUGGACCUUAACCUGCCUUUGGAAGCUUCCCCAAUUUCAAAGGUCAGAGUGCAUAUUCAGGGUGCUCAUGCUGAAAGUCAAGAGGUCACCAUACACAGUACAGUGACACCAGAGUUUAUAGAUCUCUCAGCACCCAGGGGUUUUUCCACUCAGAUUGUACGGGAAUCAGAGAUCCCCGCAUCAGAGAUUCAAACACCUUCGUAUGGAUUUUCCUUGCUAAAGGUGAAAAUCCCAGAGGCCCCAAUGCAGGCUAGAGUGUACACAACAGUGACUCAACACUGUAGGACUCAGGAGGGCUUGGAAGAGGCACCCACACAAGCUGCCCUCAGAGUAGACUCCAUUUCUGGAGAUCUCCAGCCUGACACUGGAGAACCAUUUGAGAUGAUCUCUUCCAGCAUCAAUGUACUGGGACAGCAAACACUCACAUCUGAAGUUCCUGCUGGCCACCAGCUUGCAGACAGCUGUUCAGAUGAGGAGCCAGCAGAAAUUCUUGAGUUUCCCCCUGAUGACAGCCAAGAAGCAACCACACCGCUGGCAGAUGAAGGCAGGGCUCCAAAAGAGAAAACAGAAAGUAAAAAAUCUGGUCUGCUUUGGUUUUGGCUUCCAAAUAUUGGGUUUUCCUCUUCUGUUGAUGACACAGGUGUUGAUUCCAAAAAUGAUGCCCAGAGAACUGCUCCUAUUCAAACACAGCCUGAGGCACGACCAGAGGCUGAACUGCCUAAAAAACAGGAGAAGGCAGGCUGGUUCCGAUUUCCCAAAUUAGGGUUCUCCUCAUCUUCUACCAAGAAAAGCAAAAGCACUGAAGAUGAGGCAGAGCUGGAAGAACAAAAACUUCAAGAAGAAACAAUCACCUUUUUUGAUGCCCAAGAAAGUUUCUCCCCUGAAGAGAAGGAAGAGAGUGAACUAGUGGGGCCUGUGGACGCUGGGCUGGGCUCCAGAGUGAUGGUGACAUCCGUGGCAAGAACAGAGUUAAUCCUGCUAGAGCAGGACAAAAAAGCUGAUGAUGAAGGCAAAGGCUCAGGCCUGUGACCAAAUGAAGGCUGAGAGGUGUGGCUCGUCAACACAAGAGAGAUGCAAAAAACUAAGCUGGAAAGCAGAGGCUACACACACAUAUGGAACACCCCAUAGGAGCACAUUAUGUCCACCUACCUUCACAGACUGAGAACAGAGCAGAAAUGACCAGAACACCUUUGACACCAUCACACAGCCCUCCUAAAAUGGAACCAAAGCUUUAGAGCUUCCUCAAAGCUUUGGAUACAAAGAAGGCACCCUGGCUUCUCACAAGACACCAGAAUUCACAUGGUACUCAGAGGCACUGCUGGGGAAGUUUGUUUGUCUUUAUUAGAUAAAUUUCAAGAGACCUGUCCAUAAUACCCAACAGAACAUGACUAUUUCUUUGAGGAAAGGGUUAGAAUAUCUGUGGUAUACAAGUAGUUUUGGUAUAACUUCUUUCCUGCUGCUGCUGCUUCCUAGCAAACAUGGUUUUCCUAUUUCAGGCAGAGUGCGGUAUAUUCCAGGAAACACUGUUUCCUACUCACUUAUGCGCUUACUUCUUUGUUGAAUGCCUCACUAAUGGCAAGCUUCAAGACAUUCUGUGUGACAAUGCACACAUGCUGGGCAGAAAGGUGCUGGCCAGUGGCUGGCAGGUGGGUCAACAGAAGCUAGGACAUCUGUGAGUUGUCAUUCUCAUCUAUCCAUGUCCACUUGCCUGCCAGCAUCUGCCAGUGCCUUGCCAGCAUGCACAUCCCACACUGUGGCCCCCCCUAAUGUACAUGCUGCAGCCAGAAUGCAGAUGAAGCUGGCUUGGCUGUUCUCUGGAUGGGCAAUAAAGAAAGUGCUACAUCCCA